ACCUUUUAAAAACAUUCAAAUAAGAUAUCUUGAUUCGGUUCAUUUUGUCUAAAAGAUCAAAGCCAUGGGCUUAAGAUUCAUUAAUUCUUCAUCAGAUGUUUUUAAAGCAAGAGAGACUCCGCCAACGCACUACCUUCUCAAAAUUCAAUCAUUCAACACACUUUUGAGAUCUUCAUUGGAGAAAUAUAGUUCAGACAAAUUCGAAGCAGGAGACUACAAAUGGAGAUUAACAAUAUACCCAAGUGGGAACAAGGAUAGAGGCGGGCAGGGCCACAUUUCGAUAUUUUUAACAUUGGCGGACACAAGUUCGCUCCCUGUCGGAUGGGAGCUCCAUGCCAUCUUUAACUUCUUCGUGUAUGAUCAGCUUCGCGACAAGUACUUCUCGCUCAUGGACAACCAACUAAGGCGUUUCCACGCGAUGAAGACGGAAUGGGGCGAGGUCAAAUUCAUGGAGCUUCAAGUCUUUGGUGACGCUUCCAAUGGGUACUUGAUCAAUGAUGCCUGCGUGUUCGGUGCCGAAGUCUUCAUUCUGAAGCAAACUCGAAAAGCUGAGUGCUUGUUGACUUUUGGAAAACCCAACGUCGGCAGCUACACUUGGACGGUCAAUCGCUUUUCUACUUUCACCUUGGAUUGUUACGAAUCGCCGCGGUUCGUCGCUGGAGGCCACAGAUGGAGGAUUCUGAUGUAUCCUCACGGGAGGGACGACGGGAAGGGCAACAGCGUUUCGAUGUUCCUGUUGGUGGACGAGUCCUCGCUUCCAACGGACACUCGACUCGUUGUGAGAUGUAUUAUCCGCAUGCUUGAUCAAAAUGUAUCCAAAGCAGACCCAUUUGAAUUUACAGGUGACAACCAUUUUGGAGCGUCUAACUUGGUGUGGGGUGCUCCAAAGUUCAUGCCAUUGGCUAUGCUCAGUGACCCAAACCAGACCUACUUGGUGGGAGACACUUGCAUAAUAGAAGCUGAUGUUACUUUGUUCGGAACAAUUUCCACUACUUUUUAACAAUUGAGAUUAUUUUAAUAACUGUAUCUAAUGCGAUUAACAAAAGUUGAUGUGUAAUAAAUAAAUUUCGAGAUAUUUAUACAUUUUCUUGUUUUUAACCGAAAGUACAUUGUGUACUCUUGAUAGAAUUUAGAACAUAUAUAAAAUUACUUUAGAAGAAUGAAUCGAGUCGA